GUGGGAAGAGGAAGAUUUGUCUGCUGUUGUUCAGAGAGGCGCUGUAGAGAAGACUCGUCUGGUUCUGAUUGGGUGUAAAGAUGUCCAACCUGAAGGAGAUCUGUGCCGGUCUGGUGCUGGACCCGCUCCCUCCGAACCUUGGCAGGGACCCUGCGGUACCUCACGCCCCCGUGCGCACCCCCAACCUCAGCCCCGAACAGGAGAGGCUGGCACUGAGGAAUGCCCUGCGGUACUUCCCUCCGACUCUUCAUGGCACGCUGGCCCCAGAGUUUGCCCAGGAGCUGCGUCAGUACGGGCACAUCUACAUGUACCGCUUUUGCCCCACCUACAGGAUGAGGGCCUACCCCAUACAUGAGUAUCCAUGUCGAACGCAACAAGCUGCUUCAAUCAUGUUAAUGAUUAUGAACAACCUUGACCCUGCUGUUGCACAGUUUCCUCAAGAGCUGGUGACCUACGGUGGGAACGGACAAGUGUUCAGCAACUGGGCUCAGUUCCGGCUGGUCAUGCACUACCUGAGUGUGAUGACGGAGGAGCAGACGCUGGUCAUGUACAGCGGUCAUCCCCUCGGCCUCUUCCCCAGCCUGCCCUCGUCCCCUCGCUGCGUCAUCACCAACGGCAUGGUCAUCCCCAACUACUCUUCCAGAGACGAAUACGAGAGGAUGUUUGCUCUGGGGGUGUCCAUGUAUGGUCAGAUGACUGCUGGGAGCUACUGCUACAUUGGCCCUCAAGGGAUCGUUCACGGAACCAUGCUGACGGUGUUGAAUGCUGGUCGGAGGUACCUGGGCACAGAUGACCUCAGGGGUCGCGUGCUUGUGACCUCGGGGCUCGGAGGCAUGAGUGGGGCGCAGGCCAAGGCCGCCGUCAUCGCAGGCUGUGUGGGGGUCAUCGCUGAGGUGGAUGAAGCGCCGCUGAGGAAGAGACAUGAGCAGGGCUGGCUGAUGGAGGUCACCAGCGACCUGGAGCACUGUAUCCAGCGCAUCAGGGAGGCCAAGGCAUCCAAGAUGGCGCUCAGUUUGGGUUACCAUGGCAACAUUGUGGACCUGUGGGAGCGCCUGUGGCAGCAGUACGAGCGCACGGGCGAGCUGCUGGUGGACCUGGGCUCGGACCAGACGUCGCUGCACAACCCCUUCAGCGGAGGCUACUACCCCGCCGCCCUCAACCUGCGCCAAGCACAGCAGCUCAUGAGCAACGAGCCCAGCCGCUUCAGAACCGCCGUGCAGGAGAGUCUGAGACGUCAGGUCACUGCGGUCAACAAGCUGGCAAAGGUUGGCCUGUUCUUCUGGGACUAUGGCAACGCCUUCCUUCUGGAGGCACAGAGAGCAGGAGCUGAUGUAGGGAGUAGCACUGGAGGGGCUACAGAGUUCAAAUAUCCAUCAUACGUGCAACAUAUCAUGGGGGACAUCUUCUCUCUGGGCUUCGGGCCGUUCCGAUGGGUGUGCACUUCCUGUGACCCCGCUGACCUUCAGGAGACUGAUAACAUCGCCACGGCGAUCCUGGAGGAGAUCAGCGCCACGGUAACGGAGCGCGUGCGGCAGCAGUACAACGACAACAUCCGCUGGAUCCGAGAAGCAGGAAAACACAAGAUGGUGGUUGGCUCCCAGGCUCGCAUCCUCUACUCAGACCAGAAAGGAAGAGUGGCUAUCGCCAUGGCAAUAAACAAGGCCAUUGCCAGUGGAAGGGUCUCGGCUCCUGUGGUCAUCAGUAGGGACCACCAUGAUGUCAGCGGAACAGACAGCCCCUUCAGAGAGACGUCCAACGUCUACGAUGGCUCUGCUUUCUGUGCAGAUAUGGCCGUGCAGAACUUUGUGGGUGAUGCGUUCCGUGGAGCCACCUGGGUCUCCCUUCACAAUGGGGGAGGAGUCGGCUGGGGUGAAGUGAUGAACGGGGGCUUUGGUCUCCUGCUGGACGGAUCUGAGGAGGCUGGACGACGAGCUCGCCUCAUGCUGAACUGGGACGUCUCCAAUGGGGUUGCUAGGCGCUGCUGGUCCGGUAACGCUAAUGCCUAUGAGACGAUCCAGCGCACCAUGGAGGACCAGGGCGAGCUGCUCGUCACCAUGCCCUUCCCCGUGCAGGACGAGAUCGUACUGGACCGCGCUCUGCAGGGAUAGGGACCGGUGAAGUGGUCCUGCUGGGUUUAGGGGUCCUGUUGGGUUUAGGGGUUCUGCUGGGUUUAGGGGUUCUGUUGGGUUGGGGUUUAGUGUAAUUGCAGUGUUUGCCAGGGUUGGGGUUGUAUUGGGCUCAAGCAGAGUCAAUGCAUCAACCCCAUCUCUACUCAUGAGCUUUUCCAUUUCUGCCAUCAGCUUUCUUUCUGAUCAAGAGUCAUGAACAGCUCAAAGCUAAAAGCUAAAAGUAGCAUCCAUGUCUGGGUGAACUUAGAACUAGCCAAGAGAAAUCUCGAUCACAAUGAAGCCACAUGUCGAUCACAGCCAAGCACAUCUCAUUCAUUGGUGAAACUGGGUGGAAUGUAUUCUUACAUUGUAUUGAUCGGCCUUCUCUUUUUUUAUCAGAUCAGUUGUUUGCCCAACUGAGACCAGACACACAAAUGCACUGUAGAGAACACAGCCUCUGGUUGACAGACUUAAUCCAUAUCAGAGAGUAGACUAGGCUAUAACUUUACAUAGGCUUGAUCACACUCAGUGGAACAACACAACACAAUCUCUCUGGGGAAACAAAAGUCUAACUCUCAUUGCUUUCAGUCACCUAGCCUACUAGUUGAGAUUCUGAUUUCCCGCUGAGCAGCAUCACUGCUAUGAAAUGAUUGGCUACAGUUUGCACCACCACAUUGAGUAAUGUGAUAGAUGUUUGGAUAGGAAUCAAAAUCUUGGAUAGGAAUCUUUUUGUGUAUAAACCUGCUGCUGUCAAACAAUAAACCGUCUAAAGGCUUUA